AUGGCAGAGACUUCAAGAGAUUCGCCAAGCGCAGGCUUCACCGAGUCAUCAGCGGCAGCUACCCCUCCACCACCAAGACCAGCGGUUCUCAAGAAACAGAUUACUCGACACCCAGCUUUAAGCCCAUCGAUUACGAACAUUCCAGUCACUCCGGGUGGUUAUUUGGGGGCAUACGAAACGAUUCAAGCAGAAGAUAAAUCCAUCGAGAUUGACGAGCAAAACUACUUCACCCAAGGCUUCAAUCAAUCUUCGAUCAUGGCAAAAUCUCCAUCCGAUGCCGAGACGGGCACAUUAUCAAAUCAAGAAGUUCUUCGCAGAAUGAGUUUAGCUCCUGGUCGCGAGAGACAAAAUUCCUUAUCGGAUCUUGAUCCGCGAGCGGCGCAUCCUUCAUUAAAUUUGACGGGAGGAAUCAUUUCGGCGACAUUUUGUAUACAACAAUCUUUGAUGUACAGAAAAGGCUCAGAUUGGACAUGGUCGCAAAGACAUGGCGGUUCCUCGCAAUUCGACUCUUUCAGAUAUCUUGCAUCGGAAAAAUCGCCAUGGCAUCACACACUCGUUGGCUGGACCGGAGAAAUCAACCCGGUUGAGGAUCUUACUCCUCCAGAUACUCCUCCUCUGGGAGGUCAUCCUAUACAAUCGCAACCUCCACAAAAUAGAGUUCCUUUCAAUAAGAGCUCUGCGCCAAUCCCAGUUGAUGGCGUUACAAUGCCUCCAACACCACCAGAAACCGAUGGGUUAUUUGUUACAAGUGAAGAUAGACAACGACUGGAAAGACAACUCGCAAAUCAAUCACAUGGAAAGGUAGUCCCAGUUUGGUUAUGUGAUGAUGCAGAUACUAGUGAGGACGGCAGUGUUUGUUUGAAAGACCAAUCAAGAUGGAGAAGAUUCGCCGAGCAUGAAUUAUAUACUUUAUUCCAUUACAAACAACACGAACCGACGAAUGGCCGACAAGAACGACAAUCUUGGGCGGAUUAUUAUCGAAUGAAUCAAAAGUUUGCAAACCGAAUCCUCGAAAUUUAUAAACCGGGCGACAUUGUCAUGGUUCACGAUUAUCAUCUUUUACUUCUUCCCAGCAUGUUACGACAACGAGUUCCACAUAUGAGCAUUGUCUUCUAUCUACAUAUCCCAUUCCCCAGUAGCGAGUUUCUUCGUUGUUUACCGAGAAGAAAGGAGAUAUUGGAGGGUGUUUUGAGCGCAAAUUUGGUUGGCUUACAAUCAUUCAGUUACACACGGCACUUCAAUUCCUGUUGUACUCGUAUCCUAGGAUUUCCAUCUACGAGCGCAGGUGUCGAAGCAUAUGGUGCGAGAUGUGAUGUAGCAGCUUUCCCAAUUGGAAUUGAUGCGCGUAAUGUUGAAAAGCUCGCUUUUGAUGAUCCUGCUGUUGAUGAAAAGGUUGCUGCAUUGAAGAAGUUGUAUGCGGGCAAGAAAAUCAUUGUCGGUAGAGAUCGUCUUGAUAGUGUUCGAGGUGUUGCACAAAAGCUUAUGGCCUUUGAACGCUUCUUGGAGAAUUUUCCAGAAUGGCGUGAGAAGGUUGUUUUGGUACAAGUCACAAGUCCAACUAGUGUUGAGGAAGAAAGAGAGGAUUCUGGAAAUAAGAUUGCAGCCAAUGUUGCCGAACUUGUUGCGAGAAUCAAUGGUCUGUAUGGAUCUUUGAGUUUCUCGCCCGUCCAACACUAUCCUCAAUAUCUCUCCCAAGAGGAGUAUCUCGCUCUUCUUCGUGUUGCAGAUGUUGGUUUGAUCACAAGUGUACGUGAUGGUAUGAACACAACAAGUUUGGAGUAUGUGGUUUGUCAAAAAGAGAAUCACGGUCCGUUGAUCAUCUCCGAAUUCUCUGGAUCGGCUGCUGUCUUGGAUGCAGCCAUUCACAUUAAUCCGUGGGACUUCAAUACCGUUGCGGAAAAUAUUCGACUUGCUUUGGAACUGCCCCCUUCCAAAAAAGCAGAACUUCACGAAACGUUAUCCGAGUACAUCUUCAGUAAUGAUAUCACAACCUGGACAAAGAGUCUCAUUCGAACAUUAAUCACCAAAAUUAGUUCCAACAGUCAUGCAUUUGCAACACCCCUCUUGGAUAAGACUUCUUUGUUGAUCCAAUACAAAGCUGCCAAUAAGAGAUUGUUCAUGUUCGAUUAUGAUGGUACUCUUACUCCGAUUGUUAGAGAUCCUGCUGCAGCUUUACCUUCUGAUAAGUUAUACCGAACCCUGAAAGCACUCGCCUCCGAUCCUAAGAAUGCCAUUUGGAUUAUUAGUGGUAGAGAUCAAGAAUUCUUAGGACAACAUCUAGGACAUAUUCCUGAAUUAGGAUUCAGUGCUGAACAUGGUAGUUUUAUGCGUCAUCCAGGGAGUCAAGAAUGGGAAAACCUUGCUGAACAAUUCGAUAUGGGUUGGCAAAAGGAAGUUAUGGAAUGUUUUCAGAAAUAUACUGAGAAAACUCCAGGCUCUUUCAUUGAACGCAAACGUUGCGCUUUGACAUGGCAUUACCGUCCUUCUGACCCAGAACUCGGUGAACAAAUGUCUCGCGAAUGUCAAAAAGAACUCAUGGCUACUGUUGGUAAAGCUUGGGACGUUGAAGUUAUGACUGGUAAAGCAAAUCUCGAAGUUCGUCCUACUUUCAUCAACAAAGGAUCCAUCGCCAAACGUCUCGUUGAUGCUUACGGUAAAGAAGUGGGACAAGCUCCUGAAUUCACAUUCUGUGCAGGUGAUGAUACGACAGAUGAAGAUAUGUUUAGAUCUUUAAACAACAGUGAAUUGGAUGUAAACCACGUCUUUACCGUUACUGUGGGCGCAUCAAGUAAACCAACAUUGGCUAAAUGGCAUCUUUUGGAACCAUCGGAUGUUAUUAGUAGUAUUGCACUUCUUGGAGGAGGUGAUACAAAUGUAGCUGAUUUGGGACCGGUUAGUGUUAUUGAGGGGAAAGCCCGAGAGGAUAUGAUGGGAAAGUUGGAGGCAUUAGAUAUAAUUCCUGGAGCACCUAGUACCGGUGAAGGAAGAUAG